AUUCAAGACAUUCCAAUGCCCAUAUAAACAUUCUUCUUUACAAUAUAACUGUGAGAUAUUGUGUGAACUGACAGUGUGUAUAAUACCUUGGCAAAGGAAGCAACGUUGAAAGCAGACUUUGAUACUACAGAAAUAUAACCCAGUAUUCGGUAAGUUGACAUCUUUCUCUAAUGACUGUAAGUUUCAUUAAUCAUAAUGAUUAAUUUAUUUUAUGGAAAUUGAAAAAUCCUAUAGCUUGCGUCCUAUCACGCCUUCUACCCAUUUGAGUAACUUCUGACUAUAAGGCAGAUCUGGGUCGAUGACUCGUCGCAAGAUAAUGCAAGUUUAGGCGAUUUAAAGCGAAGAUUUAACUAAUAAAUUUGGUUUUACUAACUUCAAAACAGUUAUAAGAACGCGUUAACGGUAUCGAACUAGUAAAUGAACUUGCUAUUUGACUCGCCGUAUAUAAACUCCCUAUUCAGUAAUCAAUUCACCCGAGCUUUUAUAUACUGUGUAAAUCUCUUUUAUUGGACUUUCGUGACUAGAAGUUUUAUAUGAAAACGACGUCUGAGACAAAUCUUCAUCAGCCGUCAAUAUGCUGCUUCAGAAGAUUUUAUAUAUUAACCUGUGACAAUAUAGGCGUUAUCACAUCGGAGCAAUCAUCCAUAAAAUUUUCAAUUGCUGACUUUUCAAGUUAUUUUACUUCAAUGAUAUACUGUGUUGCUUAAUGUAUAUUGUUACUUUACAUGUAUACUGGCUUAAUUGUGACACUGCAGUUGACGUUAGUCUAUAAAUUAAAUGUUCUUAUUGGCAGAAUUAAAUGCAUGUGUCAUCAUUUUCUAUAUUGUCAUUGAUACGUAGUACCCAUGCUUUAAUGUAAACGUCAAUCGACAAAUUGGGCAACUAGGUUUUCAACAUAGCAUUAUGCAUUAGAGGACAAAUCAAAGUCAUUUUAUUUCAUCACGGCUUCAGUAUGAAAUUAUGAUGAAACAGCAGAGGGUGUGGACUUGCAAAAAGGAAUGUCCUUAUAAAUCUUUCCAAAAGUACGUUCUCAAGAUAUUACACAAUUAUUUGAAUGUUGUUGCUUAUUUGGAACGUUCCCUAUCUGUGUGAUUCCAUCCGGCAUGCUUGAGGGGCUGAUCAGAUCUGUACUGACUGUAGUCGCAAAGAUCAAUCAAACGAUUUGUUUGAUCCGUACUUAUAAUGACGAACGUGAGCAUAAAAUUUAAUAUAUCCACUCGAGGAGUGUAUCGUCUUGACUAAACGUCUAAAGAACCUCAUGUCUCACGACCUUGGCUAGUUUUAGAGCCAUUUAUCUACCAUGAUGCUAGCAGUUAUUUCCAUUUAUGUUGUUAUUGACAUCAGAAUAAACACAAUCAAACUAAAACGAAUAUAACUAAGUCUAAGACAUUAAAAAGCAAUUUAAAACCGAGGUGACCAGCCAGGGUGACCUUGCGAUGGCCAGCUUGCUUGAUCCAUGUACGAUUCAGUAUAGGCAUAAGUACUUAUUUUUUGACAUUUUGCCAUAACACGUUAUAAUUUAAAGCAAUUGAGGUCCAAGCAUAGCAGAAACUACGAGAAUAUAGGCGUAGCCUGCGGAGCUAUAAAAAUACAUGGAUGAUUAAUUACUAUACACAAUGCCGCAACACGACACAAUCCGCAGAGAUAAUAAGUCACGAUAACAUUUUUCAACUGACAAGCUUUUCGAUUUUCUUUUCAAUGAACAAACCAAUUCACUUUAAUUUCGAAGCCUUGACCUAUAUAUGUUAUUGCUAUUUCACUAUUCCCAAUUCAAAAUUCUUUUCCGCAUGACUGAGAUACAUGGGCAAGAUUUACUAUCACCCUGAUUGAAACAAGCGGCAAUUUGUCGACUUGUUUCCCUAAUAAGCUAGGUGACGAUUGUCGAUAUUCAUACAGUCCUAGCCCCAUUUCUUUUCCUUUAUACUCUAAUCCGAACCCAAAUCCCAUUCCCACCCAAUUAUGACCUAAUAGGUUAGUAAUUGGGUGGGAAUGGAAUCCUUAGCUAUUUUCUGAUCCGAGUUUAUUACGUCAUCAAUUUUCCAUCUCGCUAUCUACCAAUCUUUGCCAAAAGUGUCCACAAAAUUGAAAUUUUCAUGUUCAAAUUAGUCCGUAUACCGAAAAUAUCAUGUUGUUUGGACAGUUAGGUCGCGAUUUACAACGUUUUGAAUAUUCAUUUUUUUUAAACAGUAAAUUUGACUGCAUAGAAAUGCCAGUCAAAUGUAUAGGAAAAACAUUAACAAAUCGCCAUAACUCGCGCAUCCUGGAUGGGAGAUGUUGUCAGAUUUUUGAGAAGGGCAGCGAACUUUCUGAGCUUCUUGAACCCAGGUCCCAGGGUAUAACUUGCGCCCUGAUUAUCCAAACAUGAAAUUUUCAGUUAGACUAAUAUAAUUUGAGCACGAAGAUUUCAAUUCUGGGGUCCAUUUCCGUCAAUAAGAAGAUGAAAAAUUGAUAAAGCUAACUCGGAUCCUAUCUAACAUGUUUUCAUCAGCGUUUGUAUAUCUGUGCAUGUGUUUGUCUGUGAGCACCAGGGGCGGCGUUACAGGGGGGGGGGGAGGUGUGCGGGGGUGGAACACCCCCCACUCGUCAGCAAAUCGGCAAAUUAUUAUCUCAGUCAGCAAAACUGGAUUGGCUAAAAAUAACCACUGAAGAAACCAAACUUGACUUCCUGAAUAAUUUAAUUCAAACCGAAUAUCACGACUAGCAUGCAUCACAGAAACCACACAUGCAGCAAUGCAAAUUCUUUCUAACUAAAUUUGUUUGGUUGUUGUUGUUCAGUUGUUGUUGCUUAUUAUACUGUUCUAUAAAAGAGGCAAUAAAGCGGUCGGUUUUGCAUGCACUAGCGAUUUUUUUCGCACGAAGUGACCUUUUCCUUUGUCGGUAUCACUUAUUACGUCAGCAAGACGUGGCAAAAUCAGUCCUCGAAAACGAGGUCGGCAUUCCAAGCCGGUCAGCAAAUUUUUGCCGACCUUAAUUCAACCAAAGUAAGAAUUUGUUUGGUGCUGGUAGCUGUUAAAAAGUCAGCGAUUAUAGAAUUCGAUUCGUAGUUCGAUUAACUGAACACACUGGAGUUUAUCUAUUAGUCGAGUGUCGAGAGUUAAAAGUCGAGGGCGAGGGUAAAAACUGGAGGGUGAGGGUAAAAAGUCGAGGGUAAAAAGUCGAGGGUUAAAUGUCGACUGCUAAAUGUCGAGGGUAACAUGUCGAAGGUUAAAUGUCGAAUAUUACAUGUCGAGGGACGAGGGUGAAAAAAUCACAAAAAAAUACUAUAUUAAGAUCAGGUAACCGCUUCGGAUAAGGAAAUAGCGAGGUGUAUGUGUAGUGUAUCUUCUCGGCAGUAUUGUUAUAUGACUAUUGAGCACUUUUAAACCAAUAAAAAAUAAACUUACUAAGAGUUUCUGUCUAAAAUUUAACGAUAGGAGUUUUACUAAAGUGCUCAAUAGUCAAUACGGCCGAGAAGACACAUAGUCAUAGACCUCGCUCUUUCCUUAUCCGAAGCGGUUACCUGACCUUAAUAUAGUACUUUUUUGUGAUUUUUUCACCCUCGACAUGUAAUAUUCGACAUUUAACCCUCGACUUUUUACUCUCACCCUCGACUUUUUACCCUCACCCUCGACUUUUUACCCUCGCCCUCGACAUUUAACUCUCGACAGUCGACUAAUAGAUAAACUCAACACACUGCGGUGUAAGGUUUAAAAAUUGACAGGUAUUGUGUAUACAGCUAUUUCAAUUAAGGUUGUCCACGAGCAAAGCGGAAAAGUCGAAUACGAGCGCGAAAGGCUGCUGGGAAUCCCUAAAAAAUUAAUGAAUUUUCAUAGCGAUUCCCAGCAGCCUUUCGCGCUCGUAUUCGACUUUUCUGCUUUGCUCCGGGACAACCUUAAUUGAAAUAGCUGUAUACGUUAGGUGUCUGAAGAUCAAAUUUCGCGCGUCUGGAGUUAAAAUUUGGCUUCAACUUUCGAAUUUUCUGGCUGGAGGCAACGUUCCAGUUAUAUUCCAAUUUCAAUGAUUCGUAAAUGCGUGAUUAACAGGGACGCCGGAACGAUAAAAAGGCAAGGGGGGCAAACGCACACCAUAGGAUAGAUAGAUAGAUAGAUAGGUAGAUAGAUAGAUAGAUAGAUAGAUAGAUAGAUAGAUAGAUAGAUAGAUAGAUAGAUAGAUAGAUACUAGAUAGAUAGAUAGAUAGAUAGAUAGAUAGAUAGAUAGAUAGAUAGAUAGAUAGAUAGAUAGAUAGAUAGAUAGAUAGAUAGAUAGAUAGAUAGAUAGAUAGAUAGAUAGAUAGAUAGAUUGUUUAAUAAUUUACUUUUUGCAGUACAAAUACUGAAUUGGUAAGCGAUUACAAUAUAAAUAAGACUGAAUACAAAUUAUAUUACAUUUAAAAAAUUACAACCUAUGCUAUGGCUUACUAAGAAGAUUAUAAAUAUUAAAACUAACACUAAUUUGUUGAAUUACGAUUAUUUAUGUCUAAACAACUAGCGAUGACAUACGAAUUCUUAAAACGUUCAGUAUAGAAUUUCGGAACAUGUAUCUUCUUGUUGUUUCGUAAUUGAUAAUUUAAUGAAGUAUCUAUUUUAGGGAUUAAAUUAUGAAGUUUAUGGUUCGGGUUAUUUAAAAUUUGAUUAAAAAGUUUAUUGCAGGCAAUUUGCCUUCUAGCGUACAAUGACUCCAUCCCAGCUUCCAUCAAUGCAUCUUCGUAAUGUAAGUUUGGAUAUACAAUUCGAAGAACCCGUUUUUGUACUCGUUCAAUUUCAUCACUCAAGUAUUUAGGUAAAGAGUAGUGGAAAACAGUGGAAGCGUAUUCCAGAAUGGGGCGGAUACAUACGGUAUAGAAUUGUAAAACAUCUUGAAUUGCGACUUUUGCUCGUUUCAGCUGCACUAAAAGGUAAAUCCUUUUGGAACUUUUUGUCACUAUGUUAUUGACAUGACUAUUCCACUUCAAAUUGUUCGCGAUAGUAAGACCCAGUAAUUUUGCUUCUUCCACCACUUGUAAAGGUUUACCAUUAAUUUUAAUAGGAGGAAAGGGAUUUCUAUUUUUCGCAAAGUCUAUCCGCAAUUCUUUGCAUUUGUUUUCAUUCAACCUGAAAAGGUUUGACUCGGACCACUCUUCAAUUUCGGACACUGCAUGUUGGAUAUCACUUGAACCAAAUCUGGUUACUGUUUCAUAUACCGUUAGAUCGUCUACGAAUUUUACCUCGUCUAAACAACGUGUUUUUAGAUCGUUUAUCAUCAAUAUAAAUAACCACGGACCCAGCUUGGUUCCUUGAGGGACACCAGCUGGGACAUUCCCCCACUCCGAAAAACAGUCGUGUCCCAAUUUGGUUCGUUGUUGUCUGUCACUCAGGAAAUCUGCAAUCCAACUAACAGUGGAAUCAGGGAUUUAGAGGGAUUUCAGUUUAAAUAGGACGAUGGUGUGGUCUACAUAAUCGAAAGCUUUUUGGUAAUCAACCAAAACAACCCUUACUGAGGCUCUAGCACCGUCUGUUUUUCGCCGACCAUUUAUGAAUCAUUUUAAUAAGCGCCUGGUUUGUGGACGAGCCGGGAAUAACACCAUAUUGAUUUACAUCUAAAACUUUAAGGAUUUCGGGUUUUAAAUGCUUAAUAACCACGAAUUCCUCGGCGACUUUAGAAAGUAGAGGAGUUAACGAAAUGGGUCUAAGAUGUUGGUUAAUGUCAUGAGCUGGCGUCACCUUUGGGACUGGGAUGAUAUUUGCUUGUUUCCAAAUUGGAGGUAGUUUGUUUUCAGUGUAGGAACUGUUUAUGAUUUUCAUCACUCAUGGUAAUGAGAGAAUCAUUGCAUAUUCUUUAAGAUUAUUAAGAACCCAAGACGGGAUAUUAUCAGGCCCACCUGACUUCCAGGGAUUGAGUGAGUUUAAACAAUUCCAGACGUCCAGUUCAGACACUGUGAGGACAUUUGAAAUGGAGUCGUUGUUUGGUACUGUGAUUUGCAACGGUUGAAACUCUUGGAGUGGUCCAGAAACUUGUCAUUAAUUUUAUUUGCAACCUCGAUAUCACUUCUAUAGAGCACCUCUAUAGGGCACCUCUAUAGACCACGGUGAAGAUAUAAACCUACAAUUAUGUGUUGACUUGCCAAUGAAAGCAAACGCACUUAAUCAGGUCACAUUCAAGAUCACACCUCAUGAUUUUGCCCAAAAAGCAUCACUGGAAAUGUGAUUUAUCAGGUAGUAUUUUAUAACUAAAAGGGCACUUCUGCCCCCCCCCCCAUUGCCCCUCCUAGAAAAAGGCAAGAGGGGCAGCUGCCCCUCUUGCCCCCCAAGUUCCGGCUUCCCUGGCGAUUAAUAGUGCUCCAAGACGUGAAACAGAUUUUAAGAAAUGCCGAGACAUGCCGACCUAGGUCAGAUUUAGGUCGGCUCUUUUUUGCCGACCUCAAUUUUGAUGGUUUUCGAGGGCUGCAAAAUGGAUGCCGACAAAGGAAAAAGGACGCUUCGCGCGGAAAAAUUCUCUAGUGGAAAACCGGCUUAAUAGAGGGUACUGAAAGCGCAUUUAAAUAUGCACAUUUACUAUAGGCUAAUGACUCGGCAAAAUUACCAAACAACAGUCGGCAAAAGAUCACUCCCCUCGAAGAGGGUUAGCGCCGCCCCUGGUGAGCACGAUAGUACUAUAUAACGUAUUAAAACGAAAAUUUGUGGGAUUAAUGGACAUUACCCAAGGGCAAAUUGGCUAAAUUUUGGUUAAAUACUUAAAUAUGCGGAUAAAAAUUGGAUGAGAAAUUAGCAAAGGUUUGUCUUGCUCUGCCGGGAAGAGUAUGAAUGCAUGAACACAUAACUUAAAAAAUCAUUAAUAAUUCAGGAGGAAAACACAAAGAAAAAUAUAAGCGUUUCGUAUCUUUAUAUGUGAUAAAAAAUCAUGUUAAUUUACAUAACCUUUAGCUUUGAUUUUCUCGGUUUAGACAAAGUUUAUUUUAAAAAUUACUUCGCCAAUGAACUCAUAUAAGAUGAGUCGUUUUUUAAGCCAUUUAAAGCACUUGUAGUCGUAUUUUAUCAGAUAUAAAACGCUCGGCUGCGCCUCGCAGUGCCUCUAGCUUUAUAUAGCAUCUUAUAUUAUUAAAGUUAAUAACGCAAAAUUUAUAACUUUGCCGGGUUUGUAACCCAAGACUACAUAACAUUCAUGAUCGUGGAUUUUCUUAGGUAUUCUUGACAAAAAAUGCAGAGAAGUAUGAAUUUAGUAUUCAAUAUAUUGACCAUGAAGUUUAAUUAGCUAGUUAUUACUCUAUAAGCCAGUGAGUUUAUGUAUAAUCAAAUAAUACGAAGUAAAAUACAUGAAAUACAAGGUCCUGACGAAUAAUUAUGACAUUUAUGUAAAAGUGUCUUUCUCUUGUAUAGCGUAAAACGAAAUUUGAGUUAAAAUGGUUUCAAGCAAAGUUGUGGUCAUUGGCUUAGCUGUUUUGGUCAGCUGCUUCCUAACAGGUAUAAAAUAAACUGCACAAUUGAAUAUACAAUAACAUUAUUUGUUGAGUUUACUAAACGUUUUCAGUCUACAUUUGUUGCAUCACUUUUUAACAUUUAAUACAAAUAACAUAGUUUUAACAACCUUUAAUAUACUGUGUUGCAAGAAGAACUAAUGGUGAUAUUUAUGUUCGUAGUAUAAAAUCCCCAAUCAAACCAACUAAACCAAAGACAGCCCAGGCUCUGCUUGUAGCCCGCAUCCAACUUCCUUGAAACAAGGUGGUUAGGCCUGGCACGCGUGUACUGAGAUGCGGGCUAGGCCCCGAGCUGACAAGCUGCAUGUGAUUAAACAAGGAUGAGUCGUGCGAGUUGAUGCGUGAUAGUUGAUCUAUUACAGUAUUGCUCUUUAGCUUCGUUUGAUCGUUAGCCAACUCUCAUGUUGUUCUCGGCAAACUCUCCCCAACUGACGAUUCCCCUUAUUACGUUUUCGUAGCGCUUUGCAUUGUGGUUAUAGUGGUAUCACUGACAUUCAAGAUGGCUUUUUUUUGUCCUGACCCGUGCAAAAACUUUAAAAAAAAGCUAGGGUCAGGUGCGUGAUAGCCAACAGCAAAAUAUUCGCGAAAACAUUCAAUAUUUUCAUUCGAGGCGGCUAUCUGUAUCAGUGAUACCACUAUAACCACAAUGCAAAGCGCUACGAAAACGUAAUAAGGGGAAUCUAGAAUUGCCAACUGUCAUCAACUCUCGUCCUCGUUUUAUCAGAGUAUAACAGAAAUUAAGAUUUUUGUGACGUCAUCAUGAUAGACGCAGGAUAUGGUUGCCCAAUAGACUGCACUGUCUAUUGCACUCAUGCUCUAAAUGGAGUAGUAUAUUACGUUCAUAUGCUCCUGCCAUGCUAAAACAGCCAAAUACGAAAGAGGUCAUUGGGGUAAAAGUGCAAAAACCGAGCAUGAAGUGAGCCAGAGGUUCAUGUUAGACAGGCUUGACAACUACGGCCCAAGGGUUUUUGGUGAGGGAGCAAAACUGGAGGACCUGGAGUGAAGCAAUCGAAGCACCAACCACAUUCAUAGUUACCCCAACCAAGUAAUCUUCUCAACCUACAGUAGCAGGCGGUAAAUCGCAUUUGUCAUGUUCCCUGGCCUAAACUAUUUCAUGAUAUUUCUGUUUAUUUUCACAGCAUCUAGCCUGACAUGUUAUAAAUGUGAAGGUGAAAACACAGCACCAGCGUGUACCGCUAAUGAAACAUGUGGUGUAACACAGAAACAAUGUAUUGCUUCGGUUGAGAAAGAUGAUGAUGGUAAAAUCACCUACGAACGAGGUUGCGCGCUUCCUGGUGCAUGCACAGCAAAUAGGGCCACGUGUAAGGCAAAGGAGAUACUUAAUCAAAUUGAUGACUGCUCCUACGAUUGUUGUGAUACAGACAACUGUAAUGAUAAAUUCCCAGCUCUUGGUUCUGGUGUCCAAGUUACAUCUGGUCUCGUCGCCAUUGCUGCAACAUUAGCUUUUGCUUUCUUCGUUAUCUGAACACUUCAGUAACACAUACUCAUUUAAAUUGUUCUUACUAGACAAUCUGUAGUUUCACCUGUCAAUUUUAUGUAAUCAAAACAGCACUCACUUUAAUUCAUAAACUGUAUUACUAUUAGCAAUUUAAUUAAACUUUUACUUUUCAAUUUUAUAUAUUAAUCAUAAGCAAAUUAUAGUCAGUUCAAUUUUUCGUAAUAACUAUGCAUAAUUAUUUUAAACACGUAUUAUUUGUGUUUUACAUGCACUUUGUAAUUCUUUGUUUCUUAUUAAAUAUGUUGUCAUAUAUGUAUUGAUAUAUUCAACCGCUUUUUAAUUUUUUUCUCAUUUUAUUGCGCGCGCUUUUAACG